UGGGACAAGCUCUACGCAACCGAACUGACAAACCACGCCGCCAACCCCUCCGACACGGGCACCAACUGGUUCGACGACUCCAACGCCGAGGGCCGCAUCGUCGCCUUUCUCGGCGGCCUCCUCGACGACGACGACAACGAAGAAAUCCUAGGGGGCAGAAAAGAGAAACUUGAGCAAGAAACCGCGGCGGUGCUGGAUCUGGGCUGCGGCAACGGAGAGCUGCUGUUUGCCCUGCGGGACGACGGCUGGGAGGGCACCAUGCUCGGGGUGGACUAUAGUGCGCAGAGCGUGGAGCUGGCGAGGAGGAUCGGCGCCACGCGGGAUGCAGUGGACGCUGAGGAAGAAAAAGAAGCCCAAGAAGCCGAAGCACGAGGAAGAGGAGUUCCGCCCGUCAACUUCCUCGAAUGGAACCUCCUCACCGGCCCCCUCACCCCCUCCGACCCAUCCUCCCCGCUACACUACGCGCCCUCCCCAGAGACGCUCUUCGACAUCGUUCUCGACAAGGGCACCUUUGACGCAAUCAGCCUCUCCGCCGCAGCGUCCGACGACGACCCCCAGGAAACCCACCCGUGCGAAAUCUAUCGCCAGCGGCUCCUCCAGCUGCUGAACCCUCGCGGCGGGAUCUUUCUGGUUACGAGCUGCAAUUGGACGGAGAAGGAGCUGAGGGGCUGGUUCGAGGACGACAGGGAUGGCGAGCUGAGGGUUGUCGGACGGGUCGAGUAUCCGACGUUUACGUUUGGUGGGCAGAAGGGGCAGACGAUUAGUACGUUGUGCUUUAGGAGGGGUUGA